AUGAAGAAGAUUAGAAACAGCGGUAAUUUUUAUGGUAAUUGCCCUCAAUGUAAUAAACCUCGGACUGACCUGAAUUUUUGUAUUAAUUGCAAACGUAAUUAUCACAUUGAAAUUUUGAUAGGUGUGGAUCUUAUUGAAUACCGUGAUAAAGGUUGCUUUGGUGAAAUCCAUUCUGCGUACUGGUUGAGUGAUCCUUUGUCUAUGUGGGAUCGUGAUUUCGUGAUUUAG